CUGAGGAACUGUCCUGUGGCUUUCACAGGACACCUCGUGGCAGCGCUGCUGUGAGGGGGUGGCGGCAGGGCUCACAGUGCACCGGCUGCGGGCCAGCUGGGACUGGAGUUGGGUCUCCGAGCUCACUGUCACGGGAAGCUGUGGCAGCCUGGGGAGGGGGUGACACAGCCAGAAGGGGCUCCUGAUUCCAAGGGCCCAGGGUGAGCCCUCCUUCAGCGGGGCAGCCACGGCUCUGGGGCUGGUGGGUGGCAGGCCACAGGGCCUCUCCAUUGUGGGGGCCACCGGAGCCAGUGCCCUCCGGGCUCAUGCCUGACCGGCAGGACAUCAGGUGCCCACAGCCCAAGGCCUGAGGCUGUGGGCGUGGAGCGCACGCAGGGUCCAGCCCUGGGCAUAGAGGCCACAUUGUUUGAGCGCCGCUGUAAAUGGGGCCUUUGAGAUUUCUGCCCCAGCUGGGAGGCCUGCUGGCUGGGCUUUUGGAGACAGCAGGGGGCUCCCCCUGCCUAGCGGUGGCUCCUGGAGGAGCUGUUCUUCAAGUAGUGGGGACUAGACCAGGAGGCUGGGACUUCACCCCACCCGCCGGGCACCCCACUCUGGCUCAUCCCUGGGGCCAGUCGCUGGGUCCACUUUCCUCCCCCACACUCCUCAGCAGCUCCCACGCCUGCCCAGCUGAUCUUGGAUCUGUCACCACAGGGUCUGGGGCCCUCGGGGACCUGGCCACAGGCUGCCUUCCCCCCCUGUCUGUCCAAGCACAGCCCUGGUUCCAUCUGUCUUGGGGCCCUCCCUUCCUGCCCACAUGGAAACCUUUACGGUGCAGGAGAACUCGCCAGCCCAGCAGGCCGGCCUGGAGCCCUACUUUGACUUCAUCAUCACCAUCGGGCACUCGAGGCUGAACAAGGAGAACGACACGUUGAAGGCCCUGCUGAAGGCCAACGUGGAGAAGCCCGUGAAGUUGGAGGUGUUCAACAUGAAGACCAUGAAGGUGCGGGAGGUGGAGGUGGUGCCCAGCAACAUGUGGGGCGGCCAGGGCCUGCUGGGCGCCAGCGUGCGCUUCUGCAGCUUCCGCAGGGCCAGCGAGCACGUGUGGCACGUGCUGGAAGUGGAGCCCUCUUCCCCUGCCUCCCUCGCCGGCCUGUGCCCCUACACAGACUACGUGGUUGGCUCAGACCAGAUCCUGCAGGAGUCCGAGGACUUCUUUACCCUCAUCGAGUCCCACGAGGGGAAGCCCCUGAAGCUGCUGGUGUACAACUGGGAGUGGGACUCCUGCCGGGAGGUGACUGUGACGCCCAACGCGGCCUGGGGCGGAGAGGGCAGCCUGGGGUGUGGCAUCGGCUACGGGUAUCUGCACCGGAUCCCAACGCAGCCCUCCAGCCAGCACAGGAAGCCCGCUGGUGCCCCGCCGGCUGGCCCCACGCCCCCCGGCUCUCCCGCCCCGCCUGGCCCAGAGCCAGGCCCCAGGCACGGUGACUACACGGAGGCCCUGCUGCAGGCACCGGGGUCCGCCUUGGAGGAGCAGCUUUCCGAGCCCGGGAGUCCCAGCUGGGCCGCUCCAGACGGCGGGGGACUCGGACGUCCCACAGAGGCACCUCUUCAGCCCCCGCCUCCAGUGCGGCGCGUCAUGGACCCAGGCUUCCUGGACAUGUCCGGCAUCUCCCUCUUGGACAGCAGCAAGGCCAGCGUGUGGCCUGGCCCGCCCUCCUCCACGGAGCUGACCUCCGCAGCGGUGGCAGCCUCGGGGCCCGAGGACGUGUGCUCCAGCAGCAGCUCUCACGAGCGCGGCGGUGAGGCCACGUGGUCUGGGUCAGAGUUUGAGGUCUCCUUCCCGGACAGCCCAGGCCCCCAGGCCCAGCCGGACCUCCUGCCUCAGCUGACCCUGCCCGACAGCCUCACGUCUGCGGCCUCGCCGGAAGACGGGCUCUCGGCCGAGCUGCUUGAAGCACAGGCUGAGGACGAGCCCGCGAGCACGGAGAGCCCGGAUCCGGGGGCAGAGGCCGACGGGGCGGCCGGCCAGGCCCAGCUCUCCACCCCGGAGUGACGGCCCAGGCUGUGGCAAGGCCCAGUGGCGUUUGAGGAGGCCCUUCCACAGAGACUCCCUUGACGUCGGUCACGCCGUCUCUUCUGCCCCAGGGACUGCGCCCCGCUGACCCGCUGUCAGCCCCCAGACUUCCAUGACCGUCGUCUACACAGACCAGGCGUUUGUCAGCCCCAGCGGUGAAUCACCGUCCUGAGCAGACUCUGAAAGCUGGUCCUGAGUGGACAUGGCUCCCACCCGAGGGGCACAGGGGGCCUGGACCGCUGUGUGGCGGGGUGGGGGUGCCGCCGGGCUCUUCCUCACCGCACGGCUGGGUCCGUCGCCUCCACCUCCACGUGCCCUGGGCACUCUCCCCGUGCUCCGGUCCCCAGCGGCCCGUCCCCCAUAGGUCCUUUCCCGAUCUGCCUCCCACCCUCCCUGCCCGCUUGCUGUCGCCUCCAGAGCUGCCUGCAGCCUUGUCUUCUAGCUGCCACCCAGGGGAGGGUCCCUAUGCCGCUUGAUCUGUAGCGUCUGCACUUCCCAGGGUGCCCAGAAUUCAGUUAGGCCCGCGGGACGGGGUGCUCGGGGCGCACGACCAGGUGUGUGGAGGGAGGCCCCCUGGAGAGCGGAGCGUCAAACUGCCAGCGCCCGGGGUCGGACGCCCGCGGGAAUCCGGGGAGGAGAGCCGUCGCCACAGGGCCGUCCUGACACCAGCCUCCCGGCUGUGGUGGCGGGCAGUGCCCUUUACCUUGGAGCCGGGCUCUCCCCUCCCUCGUCCACAUGCCCCUCCCGAGACAGGGCCGUAAAAGGGGCAUUGAUGCCAGCUGUCGCCAGGAUCAGCACGGAGCCAGAAGAUUCUGUCACCUGCUAUGAAGGAAAGUGACAAGUGAAAGAAAGAAAUGUGUACUCAUUUUGGUGACAAGUGAAAGAAAUAAAUGUGUACUCGCUUUGAAACAUUUUAA